GUUUCUAUUAACUCCCAAAAAACGGACUCUGUCUUUUCUCCCCCCUGAACUCUGAUCCAGGAGACCGGGAUCGUGGACUACCCAAUAUCAUUCUCCUAUUUUUGCCCCAUCUUCAAUAAUUGACUGAUCGAUUCUACUAAUUGAUACUUCUCUCCGUGAUCAUCUGCGACGAACCAGGCCAUUUGGUGCUUACUCUGGUGGCAAUGGCGAAUCCAAGCACCACAUGUCAUUCUCCUUCUGCACCAAAACCCUCAAUCACUCACGUCAUCUUCGACAUGGACGGCCUUCUUCUCGACACAGAGAAAUUUUACACUGAAGUCCAAGAAAUUAUACUUUCCAGAUUCAACAAGACCUUUGAUUGGUCACUCAAGGCAAAAAUGAUGGGCAAGAAGUCUAUCGAAGCUGCUAGGGUAUUUGUGGAGGAGACAGGAAUUAGUGAUUCUCUAACAGCUGAGGAUUUUCUUGUUGAAAGAGAAGCUAUGCUGCAGCAUGUGUUUCCAACUAGUGAGCUCAUGCCAGGUGCUAGCCGCUUGAUUUUGCACCUUCAUAAAAAAGGAAUACCAAUGUCUAUUGCUACAGGCACUCACAAGCGUCACUUUCAAUUGAAAACACAACAACAUGGUGAACUUUUUUCAUUGAUGCAUCACAUCGUUCUUGGCGAUGACCCAGAAGUCAAGCAAGGGAAACCUUCACCUGAUAUAUUUCUCACAGCAGCCAAAAGAUUUGAGGAUGCACGGCUUGAACUGCAUAACGUUCUUGUUUUUGAGGAUGCUCCAUCAGGUGUUGCUGCUGCUAAGAAUGCAGGAAUGUCAGUGGUUAUGGUUCCUGACCCCAGAUUGGAUAGCUCUCAUCAUCGAAUUGCCGACCAGGUUCUUAGUUCUUUAUUGGAUUUCAACCCAACUGAUUGGGGACUUCCUCCAUUUGAUGAAGUAUCAGCAUGAUAGAGAAGCAUCAGUUUGGCGUAUAUUUAAUGCUACAUAUUAUGUUUGGAUACUACAGUCUGUCAAUUCUUUCCAGUUUUUUCUAAUAUCAAACUCUGGAAUUCCAGCCGAAAAGAACGGAUCUUUAGUCCCUAACAAGCGAAAUCAGAGGGGACCCUAUUGAAUUUGGCACAAAGUUUUAAAAAACUAUAGUUUGAUGGUUGAAAGUGAUACAGAAGAGAGAGAGAGAAAUGUUGGACCACACAAAAUUUUCCACAAAUAAAAAGAUGAGUCUUUU